UCCUGCUAAGCCACAUCAGGUAGAAGAGCAGUAGAAGAAGCAGUCAAAUCAAAUCAGAGAAGAAGGACUCCUACAUGCUGGUUUUAUCGGUGACUUCAUGAUGAGAUUAUUUCUGGUUUCACAGCUUCUGCUGGUGUUCGUAUCACUCCUGACACUGACACAAGGAAUAUUCUACCCAUUCGGCUCAUCAUCAGGAGACACAAUAAACCCUGUUGAUGAUGAUGGAAGCUCCUCAGUUAUUCCACUGUUGAGUCCAUUUCUGUUCUUUGGCCGCACAUACCAUCAGAUUUAUGUUAAUAAUAAUGGACACCUCACAUUCAACGAACCUUCAAUCCAUCAUAAUCCCUCCCUCUUUCCUGCUAAUGGAGGCCAAGAUAUAAUCGCUGGUCUCUGGACCGACCUUGACAACAAUGAGAGAGGUGUGGUUUCAUAUCAUCAGUACACUAAUGGAAGUGUUCUCACACGCGCCACUCAGGAUAUAAACAAUCAUUUCCCAAAUCUGACCUUCACCGCUUCUUGGGUCUUUGUUGCAACGUGGGAUAAAGUCCCUCACCACAGCUUGAUCAGCACAGAAACAUCGUUUCAAGUUGUUUUAAUUUCAGGCAGUAGUUUUUCAUUUAUUCUGAUGAAUUAUGGUGACAUUGCUGUAACAGAUGAUCCGGUGGAGGCUGGUUAUGACAACGUAAACUCCACUGACUACUUUGUGAUUCCUGGAUCAAUCGAUGGGAGCUUCAUCUCAAACCUCAAGAACUCCAGUAAUGUCAAUUUUCCCGGCCGGUGGGCCUUCAGGGUGGACAGUGGACACCACACCUCUAAACAGAUUUCUAAAAAUAUCUUCACAGACCCCUGCUUUAGCUACACCGCGCUGAAUGAUUCAUGGAGAUCCACCAACAAUCUGUUUUCCUCUCAACUAAUGUGUGACACUGAGGUCAUCUGGAGCGGCUGGUACCGUCUCUUCAUUCAGGGCCAGAGCGCUCAGAUGCCAGACACAUGUGUUGAUGUGUAUAGUUGUGGUACUUUUUCUCCACUGUGGCUGGACGGAGGACAUCCAACAGUUGAGGAUGGAGUGGUCACUCGAGAUGUCUGCGGAAAAUGGAGCAGUAACUGCUGCUGGUUCCGAUCCAAUACCAUUAAAGUCAAAGCCUGUCCUGGCAAUUACUACGUCUAUGAGUUUGUGAGCCCAGUUACCUGUCAUCUGGCAUACUGUGCAGAAGUUAAGAAUAUUACCACCAAUAAUGCAACCGUCACUCAAAACACAACUUUGGCAGACCCAUGCUAUAGCUACACCGCGUUGAAUGAUUCAUGGAGAGCCACCAACAAUCUAUUUUCCUCUCAACUAAUGUGUGACGCUUGGGUCAGCUGGAACGGCUGGUACCGUCUCUUCGUUCAGGGUCAGAGCGUUCAGAUGUCAGACACGUGUGUUGAUGAGUAUAGUUGUGGUACUAAUGCUCCACUGUGGCUGGACGGAGGACAUCCAAAAGUUGAGGAUGGAGUGGUCACUCGAGCUGUCUGUGGACACUGGAAAAAUGACUGCUGCUAUUUCCAAUCCAAUACCAUUAAAGUCAAAGCCUGUCCUGGCAAUUACUACGUCUAUGAGUUUGUGAGCCCAGCUACCUGUCAUUCAGCAUACUGUGCAGAAGUUAGGAACAUAAUCAUCAGUUAUCCUACUGUCACUCCAAACACAACUUUGGCAGACCCCUGCUUUAGCUACACUGAGCUGAAUGAUUCAUGGAGAGACACCAACAAUCAUCAACUCGCAUGGUGUGACACUUCUGUCAACUGGCACGGGUGGUACCGUCUCUUCAUUCAGGGUCAGAGCGCUCAGAUGCCGAACACAUGUGUUGCCACGGAAAGUUGUGGAACUUAUGCUCCACUGUGGCUGGACGGAGAACAUCCAACAGUUGAGGAUGGAGUGGUCACUCGAGCUGUCUGUGGACACUGGUGGAAUGACUGCUGCCUGUUCCGAUCCAAUCCCAUUAAAGUCAAAGCCUGUCCUGGCAAUUACUACGUCUAUGAGUUUGUGAGCCCAAUUGCCUGUUUUCUGGCAUACUGUGCAGAAGUUAGGAACAUUACCACCAAUAAUGCAACUGUCACUCCAAACUCUGCACCAGGAAUAUUCUACCCAUUCGGCUCAUCAUCAGGAGACACAAUAAACCCUGCUCUUGAUGAUGGAAGCUCCUUAGUUAUUCCACUGUUGAGUCCAUUUCUGUUCUUUGGCCGCACAUACCAGCAGAUUUAUGUUAAUAAUAAUGGACACCUCACAUUCAAUCAGUCUUCAAACCAAUAUGAUCCCUACUCCUUUCCUAACAAUGGAGGCCAAGAUAUAAUUGCUGGUCUCUGGACCGACCUUGACAACCAUGUGAGAGGUGUGGUUUCAUAUCAUCAGUACACUAAUGGAAGUGUUCUCACACGCGCCACUCAGGAUAUAAACAAUCAUUUCCCAAAUCUGACCUUCAGCGCUUCUUGGGUCUUUGUUGCAACGUGGGAUAAAGUUGCUUACUAUCCAACCUCUAACACAGAAACUUCGUUUCAAGUUGUUUUAAUUUCAGGCAGUAGUUUUUCAUUUAUUCUGAUGAAUUAUGGUGACAUUGCUGUAACAGAACAUCCGGUGAAGGCUGGUUAUAACACUGUAAACUCCAUCGACUACUUUGUGAUUCCUGGAUCAAUCAAUGGGAGCUUCAUCUCAAACCUCAAGAACUCCAGUAAUGUCAAUGUUCCCGGUCGGUGGGCCUUCAGGGUGGACGAUGGACACAACACCUCUAAAAACAACGUCAUUGGACUUCAAGUGAAACUUUCCUCAUUUUCCGAUCUUACACAGAGUGGAAACAUUGAGAUUGUUUUACAGCAAAUAAAACAGGUGCUGGUCAAUAAAGGUCUGCCAAGCAACAUAGAACUGAAAUUAAGAAAAGUGCAAAAGAUAAAGCCGUAAAUUCAGUCUCCUUCAGGAAAAGAAAUAAAACAGUCCGGUUCGCUUAGUGUCUGAUAUAUCCUAUUGAUCACGUGAAGACUGUAAAGACCCUAGUUUUACAUGUGGUUUCAUUACAGCUUUAAAGUUUUGUAAAAGAGAUACAUACAGCUUUUUCCAUAUAGACAAAUUAUUCGAUUUUUACAAUAAUUUCCUUAAAUCUUUUGCACUAAAGCAAAAGCUUUAGUGCACAUUUAUGAGAUUUCUUUAAAAAAAAAACCAA